CAUUAUUCAUCCUCAACAAGCGAAGCGUGCCGAAUUCGAGAACCGUGACUAGUAUACUUCCGUUCGCGAUCGAUCCAUUCCAUCUCCAUCGAUCGAGACCCGCGGUUCGUUCCUCUCUGACACUGAGGGUCCACCACUGGCUUAACUUAAUUGGCGCGCUUCCUACGUAACGCCGCUUCCCUUUCUGUAUGCCCCUCGCCAAUCACGCCUCGAUACGCAACGCGCGAUUUGCGCGCGCACUGCUGUCAGUCAGGGUCAGCUGCUGCGCGCGGCAACGGCAAGUCGGCAAGCGCCCAGGUGCUCAGCCUUGAGCCUCCCGCGCGGCCGCCGAUUGCCUACAACCAGCUAAAAGCUUCCAGAGCUGCCACUACCGGCCGCGCCGCGCGCCCACCAUAUGCCGGCCACCACCGGCGCGCUGGCGCCCGUCGUCGUCGCGGCGCCGGCGCCUGGGGCUCGGCGGCCGCUCCUCACCUUCCGCCGCGCCGCGCAGCGCCCGCCGCAGGCGGUGCCGACGACGCGGUGGCGGUGGCGGUGGCGGUGUCGCGCUGGCGCGUCCGCCGCCGCGCACGGAGCGCCGAGUUCGAGCGCCGCGGCGAGGAGGAGGCGAGGAGUCAAGGAGUACGUGGAGGCGGCGCGGGAGAUGGCGCGGCGGAAGGACGGCGGCCCGCCGCGGUGGUUCGCGCCGCUCGAGUGCGGGGGCGGCCGCGUCCCCGGCGCACCCACGCUGCUCUACCUGCCCGGAAUUGAUGGAAUUGGUUUAGGACUUGUACGGCACCAUGAGAGAUUGGCAGAGAUGUUUGAGGUGUGGUGCUUGCACAUACCAGUUGAAGAUCGAACGUCCUUUGAAGGAUUGGUUGAGUAUGUGGAGAGGACAGUAAAAUCAGAGAGCUCAAGAGCACCAGAUAGACCAGUCUAUCUUGUUGGAGAAUCAGUAGGAUCGUGCAUCGCUCUAGCUGUGGCUGCGCGAAACCCAGACAUAGACCUGGUAUUGAUCCUAGUAAACCCAGGAACAUCAUUCCAUAGAUCACAGUUGCAAACUCUCUCAGCCUUCUUGGAUUUGGUCCCUGAACCCUUCCAUUUGACCACUCCACAGCUGCUAAAUUUUCUGACAGGGAACUUCAUGAAGAUGCCAUCAACUUUUGUUGGACCUGGCUUCUCUCUACAAGAAGCUGGUCAGACAUUAUCAGAGAUCACAUCCAAUUUGUUGGAUUCCCUUAUGAUUUUGGUUGAUAUUCUGACAAAGGAAUCUAUUGUUUGUAAGUUGAAAAUGUUGAAGACAGCAUCAUCAUUUGUCAAUUCCCGUUUACAUGCAGUCAAGGCCCAGACUUUGGUGCUAGCCAGUGGAAAUGAUGAACUGUUACCAAGCAGCCAAGAGGCUGAGAGGCUCCGUGGUGCUCUAGAGAAAUGCAGAACACGUCUUUUCAGAGAUAAUGGCCACAAAAUCUUACUGGAAGCCGAUUUUGAUCUCGCAACAACCAUUAAGGGAGCUGGGUACUACCGCCGCACCAGGAAGACAGACUUCGUUUCAGACUACCUACCUCCUACUCCAGAUGAGUUCCAACAAGCUAUCAAUCACGACAGGAUCCUAAAGCUUGUCACUGACCCAGUGAUGCUAUCAACACUGCCUGACGGGAAGAUAGUGAGGGGCCUGGCAGGGCUUCCAAGGGAGGGCCCUGCCGUGCUGGUUGGGUACCACAUGCUCAUGGGGUUUGAGCUUGGACCUAUGGUCACAGGGAUCCUGAGCAGCACCGGAAUCCACAUCCGGGGCUUGGCUCACCCCUUCAUGUUCGACAAGAGCACGGAGCUGCUGAUGCCCGAUUCGGCGCACUUCGACCUGCACCGGAUCAUGGGGGCGGUGCCGGUCACAGGUGCCAAUUUCUACAAGCUGCUUGCAGAUAAGGAGUUUGUGCUGCUGUAUCCAGGAGGUGCGCGGGAAGCGCUUCACAGAAAGGGAGAGGAGUACAAGUUGUUUUGGCCGGAGCAGCCUGAGUUCGUGAGAAUGGCAUCCAGGUUUGGAGCAACGAUCAUACCAUUUGGAGUAGUGGGAGAAGAUGAUAUAUGUCAUUUGUUGUUAGACUACAACGAUCUUCUGAAGGUUCCCUUCUAUGAUAUGCUCGACAACGCCUUAAACCGCGAUGGACUGAAGCUAAGGACUGAUUCCAUGGGAGACGUAAAAGAUCAAAGAAUGCACCCCCUAGUGCUUGCGCCUAAGUUACCAGGGCGGUUUUACUUCGCCUUUGGAAAGCCUAUUGAAACAAGAGGGAGAGAGAAAGGACUACGAGACAAAGAGGAGGCGCAGCGCCUCUAUUUGCAAGUCAAAUCUGAGGUGGAGAGCUGUAUCAACUAUCUGAAGGAGAAAAGGGAGCUGGACCCCUACAGGAGUAUACUGCCCAGGCUUCUGUACCAAGCAGUUCAUGGUCUCGAUGCAGAAAUACCCACAUUUGAACCGUGAAAUGUUCACUUCGAGAAUACCAAUUGUUUAUAUUAUUCUUUUUUUUUCUUGUGAAACGUUUCAUAGCCCAUUCAAAGCAUAUAGAGGACAAUAGAAUUCAGGUCAGAGCUCAUAACUGUAAAUGUGCAAGUAUAUCAACAGAAGUAUUUAUUUUUGGCGUUGCAAAA